AUGUUCGUAGAAGAGAUAUGGGUUACUGUCGCCGGUGGAGCACACCUCACCAUUGGCACGCGAGCAGAGUGUGUGGACAUAGCAGGCCUACCAGGCAUCUGGCAGGCUCGAGGGGUAUCCAUUGUCAACGCAGUGCCGACACUCAUCAGUAUUAUGGGUAUUUCUCAGAUCGAUGGCGAAUCCUCUCUGCUUCCUCCAAGCGUUAGAGUCAUCAACUUGGGUGGCGAGGCGUGCCCAUCAGCCUUGGUCAAACGCCUCGCAAGAGAUGGAUUACGGAUUAUCAACACAUAUGGUCCAACCGAAACAACCGUAACCGCCACAUGGGACCAACUACAACCGGAUGUCCCCGUCACUAUUGGUCGCCCUUUGCCAUCUUACCAUGCCUGCCUACUGCCCAUUUCAGAAGAUGUGCCAACCGCUGUACCGCAGCCUCUGGAGCUCUUUGAAGGCGUAGAAGGAGAGCUUGCAAUCGGCGGUCCCUGCGUAGGGCUUGGAUACGUCGGGCGCCCGGAACUCACGGCCCAGAAGUUCAUUCCUCACCCUCUCGCAGCUAGCAGUGGCGAGCGAUUGUACUGCACGGGAGAUCGAGUCAGAUUACAAGCAGACUUCAAGAUUGUGUUCCUCGGCCGAAUCGACACCCAAGUAAAGCAUCGUGGAUUCCGUAUUGAGCUGGGCGAGAUAGAAUCCCUAAUAUCUAGCCAUCCAGAUGUGCAGGCUGCCGCCGUAAUCUUGGCCAACGCCGGCUCGGAGACAGCUAGAUUAGAGGCCUUCAUCGUGAUCAGACCCGAGGYUGAUCGCGAUGUUGCAUCGAUCAAGCAACUUUGCACGCAACGUCUGCCGGCUUACAUGCAACCAGAGGAGGUAUACUUCCUCAACGCGGAUGAGAUGCCAAGGUUACCCAGUGGCAAGAUCAACGCCAAGGCUCUGCAAGAGACAUCCGCUCGUAAGGCGACGGAGCUUGUAGCAUCGAUGCAGAGUCAGGACCAAUAUUUGGAGUGCUCCGCUGAGAAAGAUAUGGACAGCCCAUUGGGAAUGCUGUUAGCGGCGAUGACUGUCAUUUUUCCUCAAGCUGAUCGCAUCAAGCCAGACGCUGACUUCUUCGAUGACUUGGGAGGUCACUCUCUGACAGCCGCCAUACUUGUGUCGCGUCUUCGGCAAAUUCGAAACGGCACGGAAGGAUACGUGCCCUUUGCCUCAAUAGGUCUCCCUGAUAUCUACGAAGGACGCACCCCAACGAAUAUUGCUGCUCGAUUUACCUCUUCCUACGACUUCGAGAAAGAUUUCGAGAGCGUGGACGAAGUAGACAGUACAGGUCCGAGCACAGGAGAACACUUGCCCGUGUCUCAAACGAAAUUCGUUGUCUGUGGAAUCGCUCAGCUUUUCCCGCUCUUCUUCCUCUUCUUCAUACACUCGAUCGAGAUUUUGGUCYCAUAUCUGUUGUUCGACUACCUUUUGAGAGUCAGACAUAUCGGAUGGGCGAUUCUCGCGGCAUAUGGAAUCUUCGUGGCAAUUCCACCUUGCCUGUCUUUGGUCGCAAUUACAGGCAAAUGGCUGAUACUCGGGAAAGCCAAAGCAGGAGAGUAUCCUCUCUACGGUGUCUAUUACUAUCGCUGGUGGACGGCAGAGCGACUGGUCGCCCUUGCGAACCCAAAGCUCAUCGCUGAAUCAGCUCUCUACGCCUACUUUCUGCGAGCAAUGGGCGCCAAAGUCGGCAAUUUCUGCCACAUGGGCUCCAUGGCCAUCGGUGCAUGCUGCGAUCUUGUGGAGAUUGGAGACGAUGUCAUCAUUGGAUCUGAUGUCGUUCUCGCAGUCAGUCUUGUCGAAAGGGGCAGGCUGAUCCUCAAGAAGGUCACCGUCCACGACAACGCCAUUGUUGGAUCCAAUUGUGUCGUUGAAGGCGGCGCGGUCGUUGAAGAGGGCGCUGAAGUUGCAGCACUCUCUUUAAUCCCCGAUGGCAUGCGGAUUCCAACAUAUCAACGCUUCCACGGAUCUCCGGCACAAUUUGAGAGCAAUGUGCACGAGGAAGCUGGCGCUCUAGGACCAAAAACGCGACCAUCAACAGCACGUGCGGCAGCCAUGCUCAUUGGGAACAUAUUGAUCAGUGGACUGGUGAUACCUCUUUUAUAUCUUACGCCUCAGCUUCCAGGUCUCCUCAUGUUCGAUGUUGUUUCACUCCGAGCCGUAGGAGGCUGGGGACAAGUGGGAGCUCUUGCAAUUCCCAUUGCGCUCGCAUAUCAGGUAAUCAUCUUCAUCCAGCUGCUUUCGUUCCGCCACGCCAUUCUUGGACCGCUCGAAGAAGGCAAAUACAGCAUCUACAGCUCUUGGUAUCUGCGAAAAUGGUUUGUCGAUCGCUUGAUGGAUCUUGCUCUGGAGAUAUUGCAUCCAGUCUUUGCGACGCUCUACAUUGUUCCCUUCCUCCGAGCUCUUGGUGUGAAGAUUGGCAAGCGAGCUGAGGUUUCGACUGCUCGCGGACUACCGUUUGAGCUCUUGGAAAUUGGUGAAGAAAGCUUCGUCGCCGAUGCCGUCAAGCUAGGAGACGCAGAGAUCCGAGGAAACCAACUGACACUGAAGAAGACGAAGCUCGAAGCUCGUGCAUUCGCCGGAAACGCCYCCAUGAUCCCGCAAGGAACCACACUCGCCUCCGGCACUCUAGUCGGUGUCCUAUCCAUCGCUCCCGUGAAGCCUUUGGCAAGCAACACAUCCUGCUUCGGAUCCCCACCGGUCCUCAUGCCAGCUCGACACCGCGUCGAAGGCCACGAAGACAAACAUCUCUUCAACCCCUCCAGACUCCGCAUUCUGGCCCGUCUCACAAUCGAAGGAAUCCGCAUCAUCCUCCCCCGAGCAAUGAUGAUCUUUGGUCUAGGAUUCUCCCUCCAAAUCUGCUACCUAUUAUACACCUACAUMGGAGCAGUCUACACCCUGAUGAUGCUCCCAGCAUUCUAUUUCUUCAUGUUUUCUCUUCCUGCUCUGUUAAUCACAAUACUGCUAAAAUGGACUCUGAUCGGCCGCUACAAACCCGCGGAAUGGCCACUCUGGAGUCUCAACGUCUGGCUGAGUGAAGCCGUUACCAGUACAUACGAAACAAUCACAGAGCCUCUUCUUGCGAACCUCCUAGUCGGAACUCCCUAUCUUGCAAUGCUCUUCCGAUUACUAGGCGUCAAAGUCGGCUCCCGCGUCACACUUCUCGCAAGCGAUAUCACCGAGUACGAUUGCGUGAGCAUUGGCGACGAAGCAAUGAUCAAUCAGAGCUGUGGGGCCCAGACACAUCUAUUCGAAGACCGUGUCAUGAAAAUAGGACGGGUGGCUAUUGGAAAGCAGGCGUGUCUGAAACCUUACUCGGUUUGCUUGCCCGGAAGCUCCGUUUCGGACAAUGCGCAAUUGGGUUGCUUGUCGUUGGUGAUGAAGGGCGAGGUACUGCCCGAGGGAACAGCGUGGGAGGGCGCACCUGUUGUCCCUCGUGCGAGGAGGAAGAGGACGCCUGCAGUGACCACGCACUCUUCAAUGUGGUCGCUCGGUGGGGGUUCCUCGUUUGUGAAUGCCAAGCAAUACAGAAGUUCGAGCGAUACUGAUACCCAAAAAUCUGCUUUACCAGUUAGCGGGGGAUAG